AUGCAUGGAUCCCAAGGCCCACAGAGACGCCUUAGCGGUGCCCCCAUGUAUCCUAACCAAUACGGCAUUAGUCAAGACCGCCAGUCUCAAAUGAGUGGUCCACACCAAUUUGGCCAGCCUCACCCUGGGCCGUCCCCACUCAACUUGCUCAACGACGACUUGCCGCAGCACAAUGAGUACUUCAGUGGACCACGGCUGCCCAAUCCUGCAAUGCCAGGGGAAGACGGUAAAACCCAUUCAUCCCCAGGCACAACUGAGCAGCGUACACCUUCCCUGUCUAUGCACGGUGUCAAUAAUUAUAUGAACCCCCAGCCGGCCGGUACACCAUACCUUGGUCAUGGACACUUGCACACUCCUUUCUCAUCAGGCAGUGAGCCGCGUUCUCGCUCGCAGUCCUUGGCACCAGGUGGAGGCCACGACCAUGAAUAUAAUCAGUUUGCACAACCUCAUCAAUCACACGGUGCGGGAACAUACCCAUACCAACGUGGCGGCUUGCUUUUCCAGGACCAAACUGGAGACAUGCAGUACUCGGGUCCACAGGGUAGAACUGCCAGUGCCAGCGAAUUGCUGCAUCUGUCUGAAAGCAUACAACAGUUUUGUAGUAAUAUUACGACCUCAAACAAUGCACUUACAGCACAAGUGCAAACACUUCAAGGCGAGCCAUCCAGUAGUGCUUCUAAGCCAGGUAUCUUCAAGAGAGAUUUCAGCUGUUCGGAGAGUGGGAGAUAA